AUGGCCCCCAAAAAGAGCAGCGAGCCCCUUGCAGGGCAGCGCUCCAUCUCCGCAUUCUUUGCCGCCAAGCCCAAGCCCGCCCAGGCCGAUGCUGCCGCCGCCUCGCCCGCCAAGCUGCUGAAGCCGGCGGCAAAGGCAGAUGUGAAGGCGGCCAAGGACAGCACCGCCCUGGCGGCUGCUGCAGCCGCAGCGCCCACGCAGGGUGCCGCGCCGCCUGCGGCUGCGAAGAGCAGCCAGCAGGCCGCGGCUGCGCCAGCAGCUGCCGCCGCAGCGGUGCCGCCGCGCAAGGCGGGCAAGGGCAAGCCGGCCGGCAAGAACGAGAAGAGCAAGGGCAAGGCCGGGGAGGCGGCGGUGGCCGGCAGCGGCGCCGCAGCCAUUGGCCCGGACGUGGUGGGCAAGUCGGUGCGCGUGUACUGGCCCAGCGAGGGCACCUGGUUCACAGGCGACAUCCAAGGCACGUCGCUCCAGCGCCAGCCCUGCGCCCAGCCCUGCGCCGAGGCGGGGCAGCAGGCCUGGAGCGGCGCCAGCGGGAGGCAGGGCCGGCGCUGUGCUCGCCCAAAGUACAACGGUGCCAGCGGCAAGUGCCUGGUGCUGUAUGAUGAUGGGGAUGAGGAGUGGGUGGACCUGCGGGCAGAGAAGUUUGCCUGGGCAGACCGCCAGCAGGACAAGGCGCGGCAGGCGGCGGGCCGCAAGCGCAAGGCGGCGAUUGUGGAGAGCGAGAGCGAGGCGGAGGCGGGGGAGGCGUCUGGCAGCGAGUAUGCGGCCAGCGAGGAUGCGGAGAGCAGCGACGAGGAGGCUGCCUCGCUGGCGGAUGAAGAGGAGGAUGAGGAUGAGGAGGAUGAGGAGAUGGAGGAGGAAGAGCUGUCGGUUGAGAGUGGGCCGCCCAAGGGCAAGCGCGCGGCGGCGGCAUCCGGCGGCGGCGGCGUCAAGAAGGCCGCCGCACCCAGGGGCGGCGGCAAGGCGGGGGCGACCCCCGUGGCCGUCAACGGCAGCGUGGGCCUGACCCCGGGCUCCGCCGCCGCCGCGGGCCUGCCGGCAGCAGCGGGCACCGCGGGCCGCACCGCGGCGCGCCCCGCGCGGCCGUCCUUGCCGGCACUCACGCCCGGCACCGGCGCCACGCCCGCCUCGCUGGCGCGCGCCCUGGGCGGCACCCCCCUGACCGGCGGCGCAGGCGAGGGCGAUGCGCCGGCCAGCGCGCUUCAAGAGGAGCUGGCGCCUCGGUUCAGCGGCCGCGUAGACGCCGCCUUCCCCUUCCUGCACCCAGACCGCAUCCGGGAUGCCGCCCGGCGGCGGCCAGACGACCUAGACUACGACCCCCGCACCCUGUAUGUGCCUCCCGAGUGGCUCAGGCAGAACAAGGUGUCCCCGGGGCAGCAGCAGUGGUGGGAGUUCAAGGCUCAGCACUACGACUGCGUACUGCUGUUCAAGAUGGGCAAGUUCUACGAGCUGUUUGAGAUGGAUGCGCAUGUGGCGGUGGAGGUGCUGGGGCUCAGCUACAUGAAGGGCGACAAGCCGCAUGCGGGCUUCCCGGAGGCCGCCUAUCACGGCAUGGCGGAGCGGCUGGCGCGGGCGGGGCACAAGGUGGUGGUGAUUGAGCAGGUAGAAACCCCCGAGAUGCUCAAGGCCCGCAACGAGGAGCGGGCGCGCAAGGGGCUCAAGCGGGAUGCCGUGGUGCGGCGGGAGAAGGUGGCGGUGCUGACGCAGGGCACCCUGACCGAUGCCGAGAUGGUGGCGGCGCAGCCGGAGGCGGCCUACCUGCUGGCGCUGGCGGAGCUGCCGGUGCCGGACGCGCUCAUGGCCGCCGCCGAGCACAGCGGCGCGCCUCCCUGCGUGUGGGUGGGCGCCUGCGCCGUGGACGCCGCCACGGGACAGAUGCUGGUGGGGCAGUGGCUGGACGACGAGCUGCGGUCGCAGUUCUGGGAUGCGUACUCGGUGUGGAGCCAGGUGGACGCGGCAGGGUACUGGCCGGAGGGCGCGGCUCUGCCGCCCGCUCUGCACGCCGUGCGGGCGGGCGGCGAGGCGCAGGCGGCGGCGGCGCACGCGCUGGGCGGCUGCCUCAGCCACCUGCGCUGCGUGCUGCUGGACAAGCAGGUGCUGGCUGCCGGCCGCGUGGAGCAGCUGGGGGAGACAUUUGGCAUCGGCGCCGGGCUGGCGGGCAGCGGCUGUGAGGCGGGCGGCGGUGGCCCCACACACAUGGCCCUGGACGGCGCAGCCCUGGAAAACUUGGAGGUGCUGGAGAACUCGGAAGGGGGGCCUGAGGGCACGCUGCUGGCGGCGCUGGACAACUGCGUGACGCCCGCAGGGCGCCGCCGCCUGCGCCAGUGGCUGUGCCGCCCGCUGGCGCGCAUCCCCGACAUCCAGGCGCGGCAGGACGCGGUGGCGGAGCUAAUGGGGAGCGCCGAGGAGGCGGCCGGCGCCGCGCGCGCGCUCUUCAAGGGCGUGGCGGACCUGGAGCGUGCGGUGGCGCGCAUCACGGCGGCAGGGGCGGGGCUGGGGUCUGCGCGGGACGCGCCGCACGUCAUCCUGUACGAAGAUGUGGCCAGGAGGCGGGUCAAGGCGUAUGCGGCGGCGCUCAAGGGGCUGCAGCAGAUCCAGGACGCGGCCGCCGCCUUCCAGGAGCUGGGCGACGGCAUCAGCAGCAGCCUGCUGAGGCGCCUGGUCACGCCCGGCGAGCUGUUCCCGGACAUGGCGGCGGCGCUGGCUGAGAUGCAGAGCGCCACCGACUGGGCGGAGGCGGAGGCCAGCGGGCGGGUGGAGCCCGCACGGGGCGUGGACGGCGCCUACGAUGCCGCCCUGGAUGCCAUCGACGCGGCGCAGGCGGCGCUGCAGGCCCACCUGGCGGAGGCGCGGCGCGCGGGCGCGCGCGUGCCUGCCAGCUGGGAGCCGGCGCAGAGCAAGAAGGGCGUGAAGCGGUACACCAGCGCCGCGCUGCGGGAGCUUGUGAAGGGGCUGGAGGCGGCGCACGAUGCCAAGGAGAAAGCGCAGGGCGGCAUCCUGCAGGGCAUGAUGCGCGCGUUUUCGCAGCGCAAGGCUCUGUGGGGCGCCGCCGUGGACUGCAUGGCCCAGCUGGAUGCGCUGAUGAGCCUGGCGGUGGCGGCGGCGUGCGGCAGCGGCACCAUGUGCCGCCCCAAGCUGGUGCCCUGGAGCCCCGCGGGUGAGGCGGGGCGCAGGGCAGGAGGCCGGGGAGGCGUGUGUGGGCGGGGGGAGGCAUGUGCAGGCUGCUAA